GUCCCACUAGUGGGUAAUGCGAUUAGUACGCGAGUGAGACAGCGACCGACGGCGCGUCUGCCAAAUCCAUUGAGCUCUACAUUGGUCGACCGCUGGUGGGAACCCCAACUCAGUGGCUUACACGCCACCCACCAUAACUUCCACACAACGCAGUUAUUGGCGACUGUCAUACCGCGCAGCCCGACAGCGAUCCCACUGUCAUGACUACGACCGACGCCCUCGUAUCUACUGGAGAGCCGCUGCUAGUUGCCAGCCGGAUCUUUCACAUUCCUGAGCUGCUUCACCUCAUAUUCAGUUUUCUGGACAAGAAGUCGAACGUGUCAAGCGCUUGUGUCUGCAAGUUUUGGUCAGACAUUGCCCUGGAUGCCGUCUGGAGGGAGGUAGACGAUCUGAUUCAGUUGCUCUCUAUACUCAAUCCCGUUUUCAUGAGCGUGGCUGGCGCAUACCAAUUCGAGGAUAUCCCAGGGGUAUCGGAUUGGAGCAGGUUCCACAAAUAUGCGCGUCGCGUUCGAUGUCUGCGUUUCGAUUCCAGUUCCAUAGAAGGCGAGGUGGAAGUUGUGCUUGACGACUCUUUCGAAAUACUUCCCAACUUGCGUGAACUGGUAUGGACGUGUCGCGCUCUCAGCGACUUACAACGCUGCCUCUUGUUCCUGCAUGGCCGGCUCAAGUAUCUCACCGUGUCCCUUUGGUCGCAUCUUGGAGAACCUGGCCCUCUUCUCACCGAUAUCUGCGCUCGAGCACCUAAUCUCCAUACGCUGAAACUGCACAUCAAGGACCCCAACAUGCAGAUGUUAGGCCAGAUACAAGUCGUCGUCCGAAACUUACAUCACCUUAGGAAGAUAGUACUUCCGGAAUUUCGUUUCACCUCUGAAGUAAUCCAGGAACUUUCACGCAUGCCGAACCUUGGCGUUAUCGAGUUCCAGCACGAUCUAGCAAUGGGUGCUGGUAAUCCCAAGAACGUAGAACGCUUUGUUCCGGUCCUCACAGCUGGUGCCUUCCCUGCCCUCUACGAUCUCAACCUGACCGCUGGGAUUGAUGAUUUGGAGAAGUUUUUCCAAAGCUCUUUCGCUCCCAUCAACAUCACCACACUCUACGUUAACUCAUAUGCGAAACACAGUCCUGCCGAAGUACGAUCGUUUCUCCUAACCCUCUCGCAAGAAUGCAAGCAUCUUUCCCGUUUGCAUGUCAUCCUACUCGACAAAGAUAUCAAUCAAACCACGUGUAUCGAGGACGAACAGCUGUCCCUUUGCACUCUGCAGCCUCUGUUCUCCAUUCCUAAUUUAACGUGGUUCGAGGUGAUUCAUAAGUACCCACUCAGAAUAACGCAAAACGAAAUCGAGGAGCUUGCAAGUCGGUUGCCGUCGCUCGAAGCCUUGGAACUCAAUCCAGAGCCGCUUCUCACUAGUAAAUCCACUCUUGAUCUCGAAGCCCUCCUUCCCUUUGCAAAUCACUGCCCAAAGCUACGUUAUCUCGGUCUCUUCAUGCGUGCAACAGGGUUUGAAGUACCCCUGGCGCGUGCCUCAUUCAAGCCUUUCCACGCUCUUCAGGUUCUGAACGUCGGAACAUCCAAGGUCGAGAGUCCGAAAGCCGUUGCUGCGUUUUUGAGUCUCUUCUUUCCGCCGUGGUGCAGGUUACAGUUCGGUAUAACGUGGACGGGCAGAGGUACCAUGGAACAUCGUUCUCUCGAUCUAAACAUUUUAUUGGAGUUGUCCCAAGGGGUGGAUCCAUGGGAAGAAAUAAGUACGCUGCUACCUGCCUUAAUUCAGGUCAGAAGGGAGGAGUGGGAGAGAACGAGAGCCUUGAAGGAGGAGGUGGAGGAUCUUCGGAUUCGAACUCGUCUUGUUAGGGAUACGGCAGGUAGGGUGCCACGGGACUCAUGCGUAGUUAGCUGAGAACUGCAAUUUCGCCCUUGUAUUAGUACCACUCACCAGAAUCCAAACGCACGUGUUUGUAUUUGCAUAGCCAGCUGGUG